GUUCCUAAUUUAAUUCAGAAAGCUUCUCCAGUGCUCCUCCAUGUGGACGGUGUAGGGAAGAAAGUUAGCGCCUACAUCUCCCAGAAGUACUUGCGCGUGACGUCACGACCGCAACAUCAGGAAGUGUUCCAACUGAGCCGUUGCUGUAAGAUAAGGAAUGACCUGUACACUGGAGAAGGUGCUGGCCGAUGCCAAAUCUCUGGUAGAGCGGCUCCGGGAUCAUGACAGUGCUGCUGAGAUCCUGAUCGAACAAACCACGCUGCUGAACAAGAGAGUGGAGGCUAUGAAACAGGUAUCACUGUUUGUUCUCAGUCUGUAUGAAUCAAAUCAAGUCUCACCCACAUAUUCCUUGUUCUUUCAGUACCAGGAAGAGAUUGAGGUGUUGAACCAGGUGGCGAGGCACCGGCCGCGCUCCACGCUGGUCAUGGGCAUCCAGCAGGAAAACCGGCAAAUACGGGACCUGCAGCAGGAAAACAAAGAGCUGCGCAUGUCACUGGAGGAGCAUCAGUCUGCGCUGGAGAUCAUCAUGAGCAAAUACAGAGAGCAGGUGUUUCGGCUUCUGAUGGCCAGCAAGAGAGACGAUCCUGCUAUCGUCACCCAGCUCAGAGAACAGCACACUAGUGAGAUGCAGGCGCACAUUGAGAAAAUAAACGAAAUGGCCACAGUGAUGAGGAAAGCCAUCGAGGUGGAUGAAGGGCGACUGUGUGAGGAUGAGGAGCGAAUCAAACGUCUGGAGCUGGAGAACAGCGGUCUGCGAGAGCUGCUGGGAAUCAGCCGCCAGGCGUUUCUGGUGCUGAAGAGGGACGACACGUCUGACAGCACGUCUCUCUCGCCGCUGCUCACCAGCACAGACGUCAGUCUGAGGAAGAGCUAAAGGACGUCAGAGACUCUGAGUUUACAAACCACCGUUCAGAGCUGCCCUACAAAUCCCACAAUCCUCUAUUACAGCGCACUCACUGCGUAACCUGGAUGUCCAUCAGCCAUUCAGCGUGAGGGGUUUUGCGGGAAGGGCCUGUGGAAUCUCUCAAACACUGAGAUCUAAUCACUUUUCCAUCUCUCCAUCAUCAUGUCUUCAAUCUGGAAGAGUCAAAUCGACUGAUUCAGCCACAUGAAAACACAAUCACUUGUGGAAUAAUACUAAUAAAAAAAAAAAAUUUGGCAUACUGUGAAUGAAUACUUUACCUGAACAUGAGACUUUGGGGAAUAUCACAACGUGCCAUUUUAAUGAAAAACUCUUGCUUGUUGUGUCUGUAACAGUGUUUUAUGUGGGUAUGAGAGGAAGUUCCAUUGAAAGUGAUUAAAAGCGUUGAAUGAA